CGUCGCCGUGCUGUGCUGUGAGUUUUAGGGUUAUUCCUUUGAGCUUAUUUCCCUCGCGCGAUACUCCGAGCAAAUUUAAGCACUUUACGCGCGGCGAAUAUGUCUGAGCAAGGGAAGCAUAGGACGACUGCGGAAAUGGCGAACGAGCCGAUCGAGUUUGAGAGCGUCGUGCCGAAAAUUAGGCAGCAGUUAUUGAAAUGGAACGGCUGGGGUUACAAGGAUUCUGGUUUUCGUGUGAAUGACAAGAAUGUGAUCGAGUUUACAGGUAACAGAUAUCCCAUUGGAAACCGGGAGCUUCCAUAUUUCACAAAAUGGUGUGAAACAACUUUUGAUAUAACAUGGGACAUGAAAUGCACGUUCCAAAAUUUACCGAAACAUUUUCCAGAACCAAUUCUUUCUGCAGAAUUGUUGGAUGCGAUCAAGGAAUUAGCGAUCGAUUAUUCUAUCGAUGGUGUCGAUCGUCUGUUUCGAGCUCACGGCCAUACAUUGCGAGAAAUUUAUCUUUUGAAGCAUGGCUCUUACCAAAGGAUACCAGAUAUUGUUAUGUGGCCUAAGUGCCAUGAAGACAUUGUCAAGAUUGUUAAUGUAUGUGCAUAUUAUGGAGUUGUUUGUAUACCUUUUGGUGGUGGAACCAGUGUUAGCCGUGCGGCGUGUUGUCCUCCGGAUGAACGUCGAACGAUAAUUUCAUUAGAUACGUCGCAAAUGAAUCGAAUAUUGUGGAUAGAUAGAGACAAUUUGUUGGUAUGUUGUGAAUCGGGCAUUAUUGGUCAAGAUCUGGAACGGUUGCUUCGAACUGACGGAUUCACAUGUGGCCACGAACCCGAUUCUUACGAAUUCUCCAGUUUAGGUGGAUGGGUGGCGACUAGGGCAAGCGGUAUGAAAAAGAACACAUACGGUAACAUUGAAGAUUUGGUCGUGCGAUUGCGAAUGGUCACGGGAAGAACAGAGGAUCCUGUUAUCACUUUAGAAAAAGGUAAUCUGGUACCUCGCGUAUCUUGUGGUCCGGAUUUUGAUCAUGUGAUACUCGGCAGCGAGGGAACGUUGGGAAUUAUCACGGAGAUUGUAUUAAAGAUACGACCUUUACCGCGAGUAGUGAAAUACGGCAGUAUUGUAUUCCCACAUUUUCUGAACGGCGUUCAUGCAUUGCGAGAGAUUGCGAAGGAACGAUGUCAACCUGCCAGUAUACGCUUAAUGGACAACGAGCAGUUCCAAAUGGGGCAAACUCUGCGCCCAGAGUCUGGCUGGGGCAGCUUGAUCCUGCAAGGACUAAAACAUAUGUACAUCACUAGAAUAAAAGGUUUCCAAUGGGAUCAGAUAUGCGUGGCCACGCUAUUGAUGGAGGGCGACGUGACAGAGGACAUUGCAGCUCAGGAACGAAAAAUUUACAAGAUAGCUGAUAAAUAUUGUGGCAUACCGGCAGGCGAAGCAAACGGUGAACGAGGUUACAUGUUAACAUUUGUGAUAGCGUACAUCCGUGAUCUUGCCAUUGAAUUUAAUGUAUUAGCAGAAUCGUUCGAGACUUCUGUUUCUUGGAAUCGUGCAUUAUCACUAUGCAGAAAUGUAAAGUCUCGCGUGGCCAGAGACUGUAAGGCGCGUGGUAUCAAUAAAUAUUUUAUCUCUUGUCGCGUCACGCAGACCUAUGACGCGGGUUGUUGCGUGUAUUUUUACUUGGCGAUUAGCUACUCAAAUAUGGAGAAUCCUGUGGAAACUUAUGAAGCCAUUGAGCAUGCAGCGCGAGAGGAAAUACUCGCCAAUGGCGGCUCGCUCUCCCAUCAUCAUGGAAUAGGAAAAAUAAGAGCGUCGUUUUAUCCCGAAGCCGUUGGGGACGCGGGUGUUUCCCUUUAUCGAGCGACUAAAGCGCACUUGGAUCCACAUAAUAUAUUUGCAGCGGGUAAUAUGAUUUCAGGAAAUAAAUCAAAAUUGUGAAUUAAAAUGUUAUAUGCGAGAAUCUAUAGUUAUUCCGUACUCCGUUAAUGCUGAUAUCUUGAAUCAUUGAAAAGUUUUUGUGACAAAUUGAUUGAUAUUGUGUGCCUUCCAACCAGCGAUAUAGUACAAUACAGUAAUCGUAUCAUCCUUGUUUAACAUUGACAAAUAACAAGAAUGUAAUGAUACACUGUGUCAUCUACCAUUCAACAAAGAGAUGGCAAGAAUUGCAAAAUACAAAUUGAAAUGUGUCAUAUAUCAUUCAAAAGGCGAGAUUGAAUGUAAAAAGUGUAAAACAGUUUGGGUACAUGGCCUCCUGUUUAAGAGAAAUUUGCGUGUGAAAUUAGGCAAUCGGCUUGCUGCACGGUAAGUACUGUGGAUAGUAGCGGCAGAACGCAGUGGCUCUGAGAGACUUAAGACAUGUGCGUACUAUUUUUUGCGGAGAGAAUUCGAAACCACGCAGUGUCAAUCUUUCUUUUUUUAAUUUUAUCAAAAAACAUUUUAAGUUUAUUUACGUUUUUUAUUUUUUAUUUAUGAAAUUCGGAUAUUGCCGUACAAUGUUGUGGAUGAAAAUUAAUGUAAAAGUAUUAGAAACACAUAAAUGAGUCCCAU